CGCUGGGGGAGGGCUUGGGCGGGGCGGUGGGUGGUGCGGUUGCCGUCGGGCAUUCCGUGGUAGUUUGAUCCAGUUCCGCGUUUUGCGGGCCCUUUCUAAUGUCAGAGACUUAAGCUUGGGGCGUCUCGGGACCCGGCGGUCCGGUUAUGGGAAAAGAUUCCUCGUUGAAGAGCAGAGCCUGAAAAAGGACUGAAUGGAGUGACUUCUUGGCUCCUGAAGGCAAAGCUCCACCUGAUGUUCCAGGCACGAUUCUGCCUUCUCUCAAAUGGCAUAACUCAGGACUCUGCAAAUUCCCAGAAACAGGAGGAAAAAUGACCACAUUCAAGGAGGGACUGACCUUCAAGGAUGUGGCUGUGGUCUUCACUGAGGAGGAGCUGGGGCUGCUCAACCCUGUCCAGAGGAAUUUGUACAGAGAUGUGAUGCUGGAGAACUUCAGGAACCUGCUCUCAGUGGCAGACAAGAUCCACAGUGAGAUGGAGGCAGGACCACAUGAAGAACUUUCCUGGGGGCAAAUCUGGAAACAGAUUGCAAGUGAUUUAGUCAAGUAUGAAGACUCUAUGAUAAAUAUUUCUCAGUUCCCCAAACAAGGUGAUUUGUCCUGCCAGGUUAGGGCAGGAGUAUAUACAACUCACAUGGAACAGAAGCUUUACCAAUAUAAGGAGGACAAAAAGUCCUUCACUGAUGCCUGCAACUUUGACCUUCAUCAACAGUUAUACCCAGGAGAGAAGUCUCAUACAUGUGAUGAGUGUGGAAAAAGCUUCUGUUACAUCUCAGCACUUCAUAUUCAUCAGAGAGUCCACAUGGGAGAGAAACGCUAUAAGUGUGAUGUGUGUGGUAAGGAAUUUAGUCAAAGCUCACAUCUGCAAACUCAUCAGAGAGUCCAUACUGUAGAGAAACCAUUCAAAUGUGUGGAAUGUGGGAAAGGCUUCAGUCGUAGAUCAACACUUACUGUGCAUUGCAAAUUACACACAGGAGAGAAACCUUACAAUUGUGAGGAAUGUGGGAGGGCCUUCAUACAUGCUUCCCAUCUUCAGGAACAUCAGAGAAUCCAUACUGGGGAGAAACCAUUCAAAUGUGAUACAUGUGGUAAGAACUUCCGUCGUAGAUCAGCACUUAAUAAUCAUUGCAUGGUCCACACAGGAGAGAAACCAUACAAAUGUGAGGACUGUGGUAAGUGUUUCACUUGUAGCUCAAACCUUCGUAUCCAUCAAAGGGUCCACACAGGAGAGAAACCUUACAAGUGUGAAGAAUGUGGUAAGUGCUUUAUUCAGCCUUCACAAUUUCAGGCCCAUCGGAGAAUCCACACUGGAGAGAAACCAUAUGUAUGUAAAGUGUGUGGUAAGGGUUUCAUUUACAGUUCAAGUUUUCAGGCCCAUCAGGGAGUCCACACUGGAGAGAAGCCGUAUAAAUGCAAUGAGUGUGGGAAGAGCUUCAGAAUGAAAAUUCAUUAUCAAGUACAUCUGGUGGUCCACACAGGGGAGAAACCCUAUAAAUGUGAGGUAUGUGGAAAAGCCUUCCGUCAGAGUUCAUAUCUUAAAAUCCAUCUGAAAGCACAUAGUGUACAGAAACCUUUUAAGUGUGAGGAGUGUGGACAGGGCUUCAAUCAAAGCUCACGACUUCAGAUUCACCAGCUGAUCCAUACCGGUGAGAAACCGUACAAAUGUGAAGAGUGCGGAAAGGGAUUCAGUCGUAGAGCAGAUCUUAAAAUUCAUUGUAGGAUACACACAGGAGAGAAGCCAUAUAAUUGUGAGGAGUGUGGGAAGGUCUUCAGUCAGGCCUCACAUCUUCUGACCCAUCAGAGAGUUCACAGUGGGGAAAAACCAUUUAAAUGUGAAGAGUGUGGGAAGAGCUUCAGUCGGAGUGCACACCUUCAAGCCCAUCAAAAAGUCCACACUGGAGAAAAGCCAUACAAAUGUGGGGAGUGUGGAAAGGGCUUCAAGUGGAGCUUGAACCUUGACAUGCAUCAGAGGGUGCACACUGGAGAAAAGCCAUAUACAUGUGGGGAGUGUGGGAAGCACUUCAGUCAGGCCUCAAGUCUCCAACUUCAUCAGAGUGUCCACACAGGAGAGAAACCGUACAAAUGUGAUGUGUGUGGUAAAGUCUUCAGUCGGUCUUCACAACUACAGUAUCAUAGGCGAGUUCACACUGGGGAGAAACCUUACAAAUGUGCAAUAUGUGGUAAGAGCUUUAGCUGGCGAUCAAAUCUUGUAAGUCAUCACAAAAUUCAUGCUGCUGGUAUAUUCUAUGAAAAUGAUGAGACUAAUAAGAAUAUCAGAUAAUUGUCAGAGAAAG